AUGUUAAGCACGUAUGAGAUCUCUACGCUCGCCUCAUUCAGCGCAGAUACAGGUCAGCGAACAAGACAUCGCAAAAGUUUCGAAGCAUGUCUGACGCACACGAUUCUCACUCAAGUCGUUCGUUUCACCAUUUCCUUCCUCUUGUUCUACACAGCCCAUCUCCUAUCCCGAACACUAACGAUUCCUACUGACAUCUCUGGUUGGCUGCCACUUCACUUAGGCUACUUCUACAACUGUUUCACCUCCGUUUCGCGGCGGAGCGGCACAGAAAAGACGAGAGCAUUGUCGUCCAUGACGCUCAGCGACAUCUUUGGCGUGCUCGACUACUUAAGUUGGAGCUUGUUCACCGCUGCCUUCGACGAGGAACGCUCUGAUUCUCUAGUGAGGAAUAUUGCCAUGCAUAACAGUGUGGACGUCUUUUCCAUGGGAGAAUCCGCCCCCUGGGCCGCCAUCCAACAGCAUUUUUUCUCCAAGGUUUCUUCACAUCCGGCAUGGUUAGCGCCCUCGGCAGACAUAUUCACCGGCCUGAUCAUCGCAUCGCUCAUUGUACUCAUCUUCGUUGCCGUCUUCCUCCUCCGUGAAUGGAUGUCGCAGAAUGCUCGCCUGGGCGUAUUCGAAGAGGAAGAGCUCCCCGAUCUGCCCCCCGUUCACGCGCCUCCACCGCAACCACAACUGCAACAUCAACCCAGGCUCGUCCGCCAUUUUGCGCCGCUCGACCCUGCCAGCCUGAACCUUGAGCGUGGAGGGAACGCGCCGCUUUCAAUGAGCGUCAGAUCGAGGCUCUACGUAUGGAGGCAAUGCGUCAGAAUCUGGACACAAACAUCGCCGUGGACCCCAACAGAUGGCGAGCAGACGCCCAAAUAG